AUGGCAACAUUAAGUUCUGCAAGUUCAACAAAUUUUCGAGGUUUAACUUCUAAACCUUCUUCGAGACGGUGCUCUAGAAUAUCUAUAGCAAGUUCAAGUUCUCAUAUAAGUUCGCAACUUUUUGAUCAACAAUUACAAAGACUAUGUCCAUCACCACAUUAUCAUCCAAAAAUUGAGGAUCCCAUAAGAGAAAUUGUUGAUGUUUUAUUAUCGAUAUUUUUGCAAGAACAACUUAAAUGCACAUCAAAUAAAAAGCUAAAAACUAUUCUUACAAUGUCUAUAGAAAAUUAUAGAGUAGAAACAAGUCAAAUAUAUCAAUGGCUAUACGAAAAUCAAAAUACUUUUCAUUAUAAAAGUCUCCUUGGUUUCUUUUUAAUAGUAGGAAUUGGUUGUAGGAAAGAUAAGAAAAAGGCAUUCUCAUUAUUUUUGGCUGCUGCAAAGAAAGGUUACUUAAUCGCUCAAGAAAUGGUAGGAGAUUGUUAUUUUUUUGGGAUAGGCACACAUGAAAAUGAAGAUCUAGCAUUUCUAUGGUAUAAUAAAUGCGCUGAACAAGGAAGUGGUUACGGAUACCAUGGACUUGGAAUUUGUUAUGAAUACGGAAAAGGCACCGAACUGUGUUUAUCCCUAGCAAUUGAAUAUUAUAGAAUGUCUGCAAUAAGAGGAAAUCAACAUCAAAAAGACAAUUCUAAAAAUGAACAAAGACGAAUAGAAUUAGCAACAAAUCAAUUUAUAAAGCUACAAGAAGAAUUAAGAUUAUAUCAAGAGAAAAAAUCAAGCAGCAAAGAGAUCCAAAUUUAUAAAAAAAAAAAACUCAAAAGCUUUAGAAAAGAACAAACUGUAAUCGAAAUAUUAAAAUGA